UUUAGCCGGGCUUAUUGCUCAAAGAGCAAUUGCCGGCUAUAGUCAGCCUGUUCAAGCAGGAUGUUGACCGCACAGCCGCCAAAUUAAAUUUACGUUCUAGGAUAUAGUGCAUAAAUUCCCAAUCGCUGUUUAAACAACACACAUUCAAAAUGCACCUAAGAAAAUGAUGAUACGCUUUAAAAACGUCAAGAAAUCAUUUAAAGAUAACGAUUUAUUUGUGGAAGACAAAUCAAUUAAACAAAGUUUAAUUUAUAUGACAAUAUUUUUGACUACUGCGUAUGAAUAUCAAAAUGUAAACAAGAUAGCGUGGGUUGAAAAGCGAAUUGAGUCCUGAGAAGUUUAGCUACAUUUAUUGCAUGUAUUGGCCACUGUUGAAGAAAGAAAACCUGUAAACGUAAGAAAAGGAACAAGGAGAAGAGAAGUUAACAUGGCAACAACUAUCUCAUUAUCAGAACUGAUGAAUCAGAAAGGCCAGGUACCUUACACCAAGAGUUUAAAGGUCAAGGUUAUUGCUAGGGAGAAAGAAUUCUCAUACAAAAAUGAAAAGAAUGAGGACCGUGUCCUGGUCAACUGUGCUGUUGCUGAUAAGUCCACAGCCAUUAAAUGCACAGUUUAUGAUGCCUCCAAAUUCCCAAGGUUCACAGAGGGAAAAUCCAUUAUCCUGAGAAACAUCAUAAAGAAAGUCGAUGCUGUGGUGGUCACCACAAACACCAAGGUGUUUCCUUGUGGUGAUGUGGGCGUGCCAGACGAGAUAGUUAGAAAGGCACAAAUUAUACUAAAUCCUCCCCCUGCACCCACAAAACCAGUCAGUGAGGCCCUGAAUUCACCCCCAAAAGUGCGGGUGUCCAUUAAAGGGAGAAUCAUGCAGGAGGAAGCCACAAGAGAGGUAUGUGUAAGAGAGGAGAGGGUGAAAGUGAAAAACAUUUUCAUUGAAGACUCCUCCAGCAAAUGCAAAGUUGCACUAUGGCGCAACUUUGCAGACAAAGACAUCCGCCCAGGUGACUACGUCCACAUCACAGAUGUUGUUACCAACACAUUUAGGAAUGAGGUGUCCCUUACAACCACCACUAAAACUAAAAUUUCCAAGACAGAUUGUCCUCCAGAAGUGAAGAUAUAUAAUGCCAUUUCUGUGUGUCUGGACGGAGACGAAAUGACCUUCCUCCUCCAUGAUGACAGCAUACUUUGCAUUCCCUUUGAGUUGGUGGAAGUCGCUCUUCCAGAGGUGAAAAAGGGAGACAUUGAAACCCACAUCUUAAACAGAUGUAAACCAACACUGUCUUUGAGGUGCACUUCGAAGGGCAGUAGGGUUACAAGUGUUGAACUUAUGUAAAAGUUGUUCAGGGUGUGCUGUUUUAGUAAUAACCGUGAUAAAGAAGUCAAGUUUAUUUGGAUAUGAAAUAGUGUCAAAGUAAAAAUUCCAGAUGAAGCAUUGAUUUUCUUUCGAACCUUAUCCUGACGCUUAUAUGGCAACUGACACUGAGUUUGUGUCUGUUUUGUCACUUCUUAUGUGAACCGAGUGAACACUAUAGUUAACAUUAACAAAUGUGAUAAACAUAUAUUAUAAAGAACUAUACUGCAUGUAUUGUAAGUUCUUUACUUUUCUUACUUUGCUUCAGAUAUUUCAUUUGUUUUGUUUUGUCAAAAUCCUGUGUACAUGUAUUCAACAUGUUAUAUUUACUGUUAACUUUUUGACAGUAAGAAAUCCUGCUUUUUCAAUUCAAGGCAACAUGCUACAGAGCAAUUCCUUCAAUGUUUAAGACUUUUUGUAUUCACUAGUGCAUUAUUUACAUACAAUUUUGUUGUGCAUGAUAUCAAUUUUAUAUCACAG